CUCAAAUCACCAUCUGGGGAAACCUGAUAAGCUCCGAGGCAGACACCAGCAUUUGGGCGUUGAGUUGAAGAGCUGCCUUGAGACAGCCGGCAGGUUAACCCGACCAACGAGCAACCUUUCCGAGCAUGGAGAACAGAGAGCGGCCCGGCUCCUCCGCGGCUCUGGCAGGCCUCUGACAGUUCGUGCUGGCUGCCCUCCCAACCUGCCCUUCCAACGGGGCGCCAGCUGGAACUGCCAUCGCCACCGCUCCUCGGCAGCCACCGCCAUCAUCACCAGGGAGGCCGGCUGAGUGAAGACGGGGCGUUGAGGGAGAGAGAGAAGAUGGGAGCUGCCAGCUUGCACCAUCUUCACCCGCUCACUGAGAUGUUAAAUCUGUUGUCGGCCUCUCGUCGCCGGCGCGCCGAUUUGUAUGCAGACGCAUCCAGCAGCUGCGCCUCUCAUGCCUUUCCUGACGCCGAGCGAAGCCUCCCAUACAGAUGAGCGCUGGAAGCCACGCACCUCUUGACGUAGCCACAGACCGGUUGCGGUGCCACUCGGUCUCCGUAGCACGUAUUGCGCAACGUGACCGAUGCUCAACUAGGCUCCACGGAGGGGCACAUCCGGCUCCCACCGCCGCGUGAAAUCCAUUAGCGAGUGGUCUCAUAACGCGGGAGACAAGCGGGCGAAAAAAAAAAAAAGAAGAAGAAGGGGAAAAAAAAAAAGGCAUCGGCGAGGAGCUGUGCAGGAGCCGUCCGCCGGACUGGACCCUCCCCUUGUCAUUGGCCACCGGGAGAAGAUGAGUCGAGUGCGCGGCGUCGGGGCGCAGUCGUGAUGUGACCGUCCGUCUCCACAUCGGCAGCUUGACGACUUCGCAGCACCAGAGGGUGAAAAUAGUGAGAAUUUGACUGUGUGUGUGUGUGUGUGUGUGCGUGUGAGGCAGAGGUGAUGGCUCCGUUUGACAGCAUGCAGUCAACGCAGCAGCAGCAGCAGCAGCAUCCGCGGAGCGAGCCGUGAACCACAGCUGGAUAAGAGGAGCUAUGCCCGUGGGUACCGAGCCGCCGUCUGCCUCCAGUCGACAGCAUCAGCGCGCCCCGUCCGUGUGCCGCCUCUGGGGCUCUUCGCUGAAGUAACCAGCGGAGCGCACCUCACCUGGACUCGAGAAGAGGUUGCUGUUUGUUCCGAGGCCGGGCUUUCUGCAGCCCACUCCCCCGCGCCCGCCUGCGUCCCCGCACCCCUCUCACCGCGCGGCGUCUCCGGUGCCGCGAGCGCCCCGCGUCUUUUCUUCUUCUCUCCCCCCUCCAACACACCUUACAUGGCAGUGGACAUCAAAACCACCUGAGUGUGCGUGCGCGUGUGUAUGUGCGUGUGUGUGUUGCCUCCUGCGGGGCGUACAAACCUUUUUACAAGCCAGACUAUACAUUAAUCGACGCGUGGAUCGGAGCCGCGCUGUGUGUCUAUGCACCUCAGCCUCACCGCCCCGGAAAGGACUUCUUGCCAUUGAGAGCUGGAUAUGCAGAGAUUAACGUGAACAGGAUGGAUCUAAUUAUCUGUGUUUUGGGGCUGCUGGCGCUCAUCGUGGAGGGCAUCCGUUGCCAAGGAGUGUACGCCCCUCCGACUGUCCGCAUUAUACACUCAGGGCAUGCCUGUAAUGUUGAGGAGGAGAGGCACACGGAGAGAGUCUACACCAUCAGAGAGGGAGAGACCCUGGAGCUCACCUGUCUAGUGACGGGGCAUCCUCGACCACAGAUUCGAUGGACCAAGACAGCCGGCAGCGUGUCGGACCGCUUCCAGGACUCCAGCGUGUUCAACGAGACGUUGCACAUCGCAAAGAUCCUGAGGACCCAGGGAGGUCGCUACUACUGCAAGGCUGAGAACGGCCUCGGAUCUCCUGCCAUCAAGUCCAUCAGGGUGGACGUCUACUAUCUCGAUGACCCGGUGGUGACGGUGCACCAGAGUAUAGGAGAAGCUAAGGAGCAGUUCUACUACGAGAGGACUGUGUUUCUGCGCUGUGUGGCCAACUCCAACCCGCCCGUCCGCUACAGCUGGCAUCGCGGGAGAGAGGUCCUGACGCAGGGCUCGGAUAAGGGAGUGGAGAUCUACGAGCCGUUUUUCACUCAGCAGGGGGAAACGAAGAUUUUGAAGCUGAAGAACCUGCGUCCUCAGGACUACGCCAACUACAGCUGCAUCGCCUCCGUCAGAAAUGUGUGUGGGAUCCCUGACCGCAGUGUUAUCUUCAGACUCACCAAUAAGACAGCCUCGCCGUCCAUCAAGCUGCUGGUGGAGGAUCCUAUCGUGGUGAAUCCCGGUCAGACGGUAUCCUUGGUGUGCAUCACCACGGGCGGAGAGCCACCCCCGACUCUCACUUGGGUGAGCAGUAAUGACAGCUUGCCACAGAGGAGCGUGGUGAAGGGGGGCACGCUCACUCUCCCAGCCAUCAGCUCAGACGAGGCGGGGGUCUACAGCUGCGUCGCCAGCAACAACGUGGGAAACCCGGCGAAGAAGUCCACUACCAUCGUGGUGCGAGCGUUGAAGAAGGGCCGGUUCUGGAUCACUCCGGACCCCUACCACAACGACGACAACAUCCAGAUUGGACGGGAGGUCAAGAUAUCUUGCCAGGUGGAGGCGACCCCACCAGAGGAGCUGACUUUCAGCUGGUUGAAGAACGGCCGUGCCCUGCGGAGCUCGGAGCGAAUGGUCAUCACCCAGACGGACCCCGACAUCUCCCCCGGGACCACCAACCUGGACAUCAUAGACCUGAAGUUCACCGACUUCGGCACGUACACCUGUGUGGCCGCGCUGAAGGGUGGAGGCAUCCCCGAGAUCAGCAUCGACGUCAACAUCUCCUCCACAACUGUCCCUCCUCUGUUUUUCUCUUUCUUAGUUCCCCCCAACCUGACAGUACCCCGGGGCAAGUCCCCUCUGGUGGCCCGCGAGGGUGACACAGUGGAGCUGGAGUGCCUUGUUUCAGGGAAACCCAAGCCCAUCAUCCUGUGGUCGCGAGCCGAUAAGGAGGCACCGAUGCCGGAUGGCAGCAUGCAGAUGGAGAGCUACGACGGCGUGCUGCGUAUUGUAAAUGUGUCCAGGGAGAUGACGGGCUCGUACCGCUGCCAGACAAGCCAGUAUAAUGGCUUCAACGUGAAACCCCGGGAGGCCGUGGUGGAGCUGAUCGUGCAAUACCCUCCGACGGUGGAGCCGGUUUACAUGGAGAUGCGUCAGGGCCUGGGGAGGCCUGUGGUGAUGACCUGCAGGGUGCUGCGAGCCCACCCCUCCCGCGUGCUGCGAUUCGAGUGGCUUCUAUCAAACCGGCUACUCCAUGCCGGAGCCUUUGAUGCCCAGAGAGAUGAGACGGAGUACACCAUACGCAGCCUGAACCGAGACGGCUGGGGGGAGUACACCUGCAAUGUCAUUAAUGAGGCCGGGGCAGGCAAAUGCACCUUCCAGGUUACAGGAAAGGCCUACCCUCCGGAGUUCUACUACGACACCUACAGCCCCCUGUGGCAGAACAGGCCCAGAGUCUACGGCUUCAAGCUGCAGUGGACCCAGAUGAACCCCAACGCCGUGGACCGCAUUGUUGCCUACAGACUAGGCAUCAGACAGAUGGGGCUGCAGCGCUGGUGGGAGCAGGAGAUCCCCGUGGACGUGGCGAUCAACAAAGGAGAGCUCAUGACACACAACCUGACCGAGCUCAUAAAGCCCGAGUCCUACGAGGUGCGCCUCACCCCCAUCACACGUUUCGGAGAGGGCGACUCCACCAUCCGGAUCGUCACUUACAGCGCUCCCAUCAACCCUCACCUGAGAGAGUUCCACUGCAGCUUUGAAGAGGAGCCCAUCUGCAUGUUCACCCAGGACAAGAAUGAUGAUUUUGAUUGGACGCGGCACAGUGCUGCCACCCGCGACACCAAGUACACACCCAACACCGGGCCCAGUGCUGAUCGCAGUGGUUCCAAGCAGGGUUUCUACAUGUACAUCGAGACAUCCAGACCGCGAAAGGAAGGAGACCAAGCUCGGCUUGUAAGCCCGUUUUUCAACGUAGCUCCUAAAAACCCUUACGGUAUCACCAACCCUCCUGCCUACUGCUUCGGCUUCUUCUACCACAUGUAUGGAAAACACAUAGGAACACUAAACGCCUUCCUUAAGCAGAAGGGCCAAACAACCUCGGAGGGCCCCGUGUGGUCGCUAAGCGGUAACCAAGGUGAACGCUGGAAGCAGGCCAAAGUAAGCAUCCACCCGACAGCAUCCUUCCAGGUGGUACUCGAGGGUAUCAGGGGACCAGGCAUCGAGGGAGACAUCGCCAUCGAUGAUGUCACGCUGGAGGAAGGAGAGUGUCGAGACCCACCGCCCAAUCUCAGCGCCACGGCUCCGUCCACAUCCUCCCAUAUAUGGCUGCUAUGCAUCACCAUGGUGAUGACCCUCCUGGAAGGUCAGAGGUGACCCUUCUCUCUGUCAUCUCAGAGGCGAAUAUUCAGACCCACCGUCUGUGAACUAUACCCUCGGCAUCCAGUCACCAAAGAUUCAUGCAUCCUGAAAGCAGCAGGGGACCCCUGACGGACCACGGAGGGACCGAAAUCCAUGAGCGAGAGAGAAAAAUAGUGAUAAAAACGUUACACAAAAAGUAAUAAAGAAGAUGCGCUAAUUUUUUUAAAGAGACCUCUUUUACAGAAAAACAUCCCUCGGUGCAGGACUCGGGACAUCUUUACGAGCACAAAGGCAGGUGGGCGAUAAAAACAGCCUGGACUUUGGUGAGAGAGUUCACAGGCGUCGAGGGAGGACAGUUUGUAAAGCACAAGAACAAUUUUAUGAAGUUAUGAAAAUAUCUUUGGAAGGCGGCGGAAUAUAGACACUGCUGACUUUUUGAAGAGGAAAUCUCAUUUCCCUGCUUACAAACACAUGGAAUCAGACCUUUCUCUGUGUAUCUUUACCUUCAUCUUUCUUGCACCAGAUGCCAAUCACCGACACUUGUUUUUCACUCUGGCCCAGCCUCACGUCACAUCCUGGCAUUUCUUUAUCUGCUUGGUGCUGUACUGUAGAAUAACAUGGACUCUGGCAACAUUUAGUUCUGUCCGCUUACUCCCCCCUGUAGCUGCCUAUGUAUCUUUUUAACACUGUGCUCACGAGUCCAAGUGGCCGACCGAUGGUAUGGUGGCAGAACAAAACAAAAAAAACAAAACAAAAAAAAAAAGAUGCAGAAGAAAUGAGCGAAGGUGUAGACAGCUGGACCGGAGGGGAGAGGGAGGUUGGAGCCUAGGAGCUGAAAUGAAAUGAGAAGGGGAGGUUGGAAAUGGAGCAGAGAGGCGGCACGUUUAAGGGGGGAGGAAGAGUGGAGGGAGAGGAGGAACAGGUAGUGAAGGGCCCGACUCGAAGAUUCAGUCAGCGGCCCGCCUGUGGAACAGAAGCCACUUUACUUUCUGCCAUGAAACAAAGUGCCUUCAGAUUACAAACCGAAUCGUGAGCCUGGGUGUUAAUCAACAUCGGACACAUCUCCGUUCAUGUUUCCUCUGAUGGGCUAUUUUCUACAUGUUUCUUUUGCCCCACAAGUGCUGAUGGGAGGGCAUGUGUGUUCAGAGGGGGAGAAUGGGGGUUGUGCUACACCCGGAUUUAACUCCUGAUGGGACCGUUGUCUGAGUGUAUGUCUGUGUGUGUGUGUGCGUGCGAGUGUGUGUGUGUGUUUGUGUGUGUGUGCAUGCGCCUAAGCCUAUGCCGAUGCCCACGUGCGUAGUUCGAUGUGAGGGCAGCGCCGGCAGACACCAGGUUUGGAAACAGUUUGGAUCAAAAACAGCGGAGGAAAAAAAAAAAAGAGUGAGGCUCUGGAUCUUUUUUGGUGAAAGACAGUUUAAGAUCAUACGGGAGGAUAAAGACGCUUCGCCGAACGAAUAUACCCCACUCUCUCUUCCCACAAUUCUCCCUCCCUGCGGGCGAGCAUUUUUUUAACAAAAGAAAAAGAACAACUGCUGAAUAAAACAUUGCGUUGUACAGGGAGGAGAGCAGGAACUUCGGGACUGCAGGCUCUUCAUUCGGGUGAUCCGCCUCGGCCCCGUCCUCCAACCAUUUAUAUGGAACAAUACGAGAAUAAAAGAUAAUAAUGACCAUAAUAAUAGUCAUGAUAUUUUAUUACUCUAGCGAGAAUGUUUCUCUGCUUUUACACAAACUGUGAAGAUUGACUGUGGAAGAUCUACCUGAGACCAUAACCUUAACCAGCGGGGUUUUUAAAAAAUGUAUUGUAAAAAAGAGAAAAUAAGAAAAUGAAAAAUUCCGUUCAUUGUUGGUUAUGACAAAAUGUUUUGAGGACUUGUGUCUUGUUUCUUAUUUUUUCCGUUGAAGAUGACUUAACUUCCUUUCUCUUCUUGUUGUCUCCCUUUGCAUUGCUUAAGUAUCAAAGCUGAUGGAAGCAUAAGAAGUAAAACCAAUUUGGUAACUGUAUAACUUGUAAAUGUUAAAGAAGCUCUAUUCAAAGGUUUAUGAUAAAUGUUUUAUGUUUGGAGUACAGGAAGCACAACAUACAGUUUAAAGGUCUCAACAUAUAGAAUCCAUUUUAUAUUUCUCUGCACAUAUGUGACCUACUCCCACUGGCUUUUUUCAAAACACUCAAAGUCCAUGUUUAACAGCAAGCUGAUCAUUUUUUUACCCGUGACAUUCAUAUUUAUAUCGCAACCAGAACACUAAAGAACGCGAGGAGAGAAACACCAGUCAGGGGAAAUCGUGACGAAUGCAGACUGGAGUUUAAAGAGGAGGCGGGGGUUCAGUCUGGUGUUGUGGUUGUUCAGCAUAUGUAGCCUCUCUUUCAGUGAACGCCUGGGUUGGUCUGAGUGGGUCAUGUACAUGUGUGAACAUAAAGCUGUGUACAAUUAAGUGUGUAAGAAACAUGUAAAGAAGAUAAAUAUGCUAAAGCAAAACAGAGCAAAAUGAUGAAGCAUUUCAGGGCAUCCUUACAAUAUCAUUAUGGUCUGUAUGUUACAGAGACAUGAUCACAGCUACUUUCUGCUUUUAGCCAUUUCUGUUGUUUGUUUUAUUAUUUUUUUUUUUUCCUUUCAUUUCUGUGGUUUUAUUUCCAUAAGGCCCAGAUCACAAUGAAUGUAAAUGGAGUUCUGGGGAGAGUUCUUUUCUUACAGUCUUACUAGAUGUAACGUUUUACUAAAAACAUAUGUUUUUUUUGUGUGUGUGUGUUUGCUUUUGAUGAUGAGAACUUUCAGACUUUCAUAGGUUGUUUUGGACACGUUAAGAACAUGAAGUUCAUCUGACUUUGACACAGACUUUGACACGAUUUCCAGGAGAGAAAAAAAAUACAUAUAUAUAUAUAUAUAGAUAUAUAAGCUCAGAUAAAAUAUCCAUUAGCUAGUCGCUAUAUCCUCCUUGUGGUAUAGUAGGGAAAGAAAAGUGCCAAAGUGCCCCGUGCAGAAGUCACUGUUACUAAAUAUGGAUAUGAGUUCCUGAAGAUAUUUUGGUGGUUGUUCCUUUUUACACCCCGAUCAGCUGGUCACACCUCGAAGUACAUGAAUGAUUAAAAAUUACAGCUGGAUUAAAAUGAAAGAACGCCUGGUGUUGAGGUCAGACGUUUUAAAGUAUUAGUUUCAUGUUGGCUGGCUUUUUUUCUUUGCUGAAAGCUGGUUAGCUUAGCAUAAAGACUAAAAAUCUGGCUGCCGGCACCUCUGAAGCUCACUCAUCAGCAGCUUAUGUUAUGCUGGUUUCAUUCAGAUGAAACUUCAGGUAUAAAAACAAUAAAUUGAAGUUUGAGUGAAAUGAGUUUGGCUAGCAUCACAAGCUUACAGUUAGCAGGGACAUAUGGAAGUCACUGCUGUUGGCCGUGAAAUAGCCCGACACAUAAAACAAUAUAUAACGUGUUCAACAGUGAGUUUUAGAAGUGCUUUUAUAGCUUCGGGCUGAGCUAAGCUAGCUGUUUACCUUCUUCCAGUCGUUAUGCUAAGCUAACCGGCAAUUAGUAUUUAUUGAUCACACGCUUGUGUAUGGUAUCAAUCUGCUCGUCUGACUCUCACCAACAGAGCGUGAGAGGAUUUAUCCACAGUGUCAAAUUCAUUGCUCUGAAGUGAACAGAAUGACUAUUUCUUUUGGUGUAUGUUGGAAUUAUAUCAGUAAAAGUAAAGUUAAAAAAAAAACUAUAGCAGACCCAACUUUUCUGGUGUACAUUACUAAAUUCUGGG